AUGGCCCCAGCAAUCCGCCGACCAGUCCGCGUGGGCGGUGCCUCUGGGGGCUUCUCCGACCGCGUCCGCGCCAUUGCAUCCCUGGCCAAAGACGACGUCGAUGUCAUUGUCGGCGACUGGCUCUCCGAGAUGACCAUGACCAUGCACGGCACGGGCAAGAUGCGCAACAAGGAGCACAUGCUCGAGGCUCGCACGCUCGAGGAGAAGCUCAACUACGCAAUGUUUGCCGAAAACUUCAUGGACUGCUUCACGCCUGCUAUCAAGGACGUCGCUACUCGUGGCAUCAAGGUUUGCGUCAAUGCCGGCGCGUCCGAUACCGAGCUGCUCGCACAGCUGGUCGACAAGACAUGCAGGGAAGCUGGCUAUCCUCUCAAGGUGGCCUGGAUCGAAGGCGACGAUGUCACGGGCACUGUGAAAAGCAUGCUGGGCAAAGGCGAGGGAUUCCAGAGUCUGAUGCACAACAAGUCUGUCGCCGAGUGGGGUCUGGAGCCAGUGUGUGCUCAGUGCUAUCUCGGCGGUCUGGGUAUCGCCAGAGCUCUUAGCGAGGGUGCUGAUGUUGUCAUUGCUGGACGUGUCUCUGAUGCUUCGCCCAUUAUUGGCGCUGCAGCAUGGUGGCAUGAGUGGACGAGCGACCAAUUUGAUGAACUAGCUGGCUCUCUGGUCAUUGGCCAUCUCUUGGAAUGCGCCGCCUACGUAUCCGGUGGCUAUUGCUCCGACUUUCGCAGUCUCCUCGCCCAAGGAAAACACAUCAACAUGGGCUUUCCCAUCUGCGCCAUUGACAACAAGGGCGAGGGUGUCAUGUACAAGGAAAAGAACACGGGCGGCUGCAUGACUGUCGCAUCAGUCACAUCUCAACUUCUCUACGAGAUCCAAGGACCGCUUUACUACAACUGCGACGUCACAGCCGACCUGACUGAUAUCAACAUCGAACAGAUUGGCGAAGACCAAGUCAAGGUCUCUGGCGUCAAAGGACUUCCACCUCCACCCACGACCAAAGUCGGCAUCACAGGCUUCGCAGGCUGGCAGGCCGAGUAUCACAUCUACCUGGUUGGCCUCCACAUUGAAGAAAAGUGCCGCUGGAUCGAAGAGCAAGUCCAAUAUGAGCUCGGUGAAGAACUCCUCAAAAAGUUCACUCUUCUCAAAUUCAUGCAAAACGGCUCUUCCCCCAUCGACGCCAGAAACCAAGACGUCGCGACCGUCGACUUCCGCAUCUUCGCCCAGUCCCGCGACCGCGAACUACUCAACAUGCGCAACCCCAAGGGCUUCUUCCGCAUCUCCAUGGUAAACUUCCUCAUGUCGUGUCCUGGCGCGUCUCUCGGCAACGACGUCCGACAAGCAGAAGGAAAGCCAUACUACGAGUACCAUCCCUCACUCCUCCCCCAGUCUGCCGUCCAACAGCGCGUCCACUGCAUCUGGGCCGGCGACGCUGCAGAUGGAUUCAAAGACGGCAAGAAAUCAAUCGACAUGCCUCUAGCCCCGUCAUUCCGCGAGUACCCCCGCCAACAACCCUCAUACGAAACCACAUCUCCCGUCCCUCUCUCUCAUUUCGGUCCCACGGUACGGCUGCCUCUCGGCUCCAUUGUUCUCGGCCGCUCAGGCGAUAAGUGCUCCGACGCCAACGUGGGCUUCUUCGUCCGCCACGCCGACGAGUGGGAGUGGCUGCGCAGUCUGCUCACCAUCGACAAAAUAAAAGAGCUACUUGGCCCCGAAGAGUACACGGGAAACCCGAUUGACCGGUUUGAAAUGCAGAAUGUACGCGCUGUGCAUUUCCUGCUGCACGACCAUCUGGACCGCGGAUACGACGCCUGCAGCACGUACGACACCCUGGGCAAAAACGUCUGCGAGUACCUGAGGGCAAAAAGCGUGGAUAUCCCCGUGGCCUUUGUGCAGAGGGGUGUGCUUUAAUUAGUAGAGCUGUGCACUUGGCUUCGAGCUGCCACGACCGACGCU